UGGUUUCAUCUACGAUGGUUCUCCUUUUCUUUUUUGCUUUUAGUUGUAUGUCGAUCCUCAACAGCACUGAACUCUCUGGCUGGAAGUGUGGAUCGUCACGUUUGUUUUUCAAGUACUGGCACCAGGAGGAGUUGGCCCGUCUUCUGGAGAGACUGGGACGAGCGGCGGUUGUCAUUCAGAAGAAUUUCCGGAUGAGGAUCUGCAGAAGGAAGUAUCUGGUAUUGCUAGCAGAGCUACGGAGGCAGCGUCAGGCUCAGCGGGAGAGAGAGGAGCGCGAGGAGGAGGAGAGGAGACGACAGCAGCUGGAGGACGAGAGGAAGAGACGUCUGCAAGUGGAGCAGGAGAACCUGCGGCCAGCGUCUCCACCGGUACCCUUGCCGAGAAAGAAAAGGCCUGAGCCCAGGCCUCGCUCUGUGCUGAGUGGCGUCCUGAAAGCUCCACAUCUGCCUCCUGUCCCGCGGCCGCGCAGCAAGCUCUUUGAGGCGACUCCGUUUGAUAACGAGCUGAAUGGGAACGUCCACCUGGACGCUUCUCUGAUGCUUCAGCCGAUAGACGAAGAGCGUAUUAAAGAGAAACACCUGAAAAAGAGUAACACCAUCCGCUGGUUUAAAGAGACGCAGGUCCGUAAGCUGACCAGAGACGGUUCCUUCCCCAGCUGGUUCCAUGGCAUGAUCACACGCAGACAAGCAGAAGAUCUCCUGAUCGACAAACCUCUCGGCUGCUUCUUGGUGCGUGUCGGUGAAAGCCGGGAGGGUUACACUCUGACCUUUAGGGGUGCUGACCGCUGCCGUCACUACAUGGUGGAGAUGCAGAACAAUGGCAAGUAUGUGAUUCUCGGGGAGGACCGGGCUCAUUCCUCCCUCACAGACCUGGUCCAGUACCACAGUCAGGUGGGCAUCAAGCCCUUCAUGGAGCUGCUCACGGUGCCCUGUGGUCAGAUGUGUGAUCGGGAGCCAGACUAUGAGGAGCUCAAAAGUCUUACAUCAGAGAGCAGCGCUUCGUUUCAUGCUGAGGACAUGGACACGUGUUCGAAUAAUGUGCACGUACAGAUGCAGAGACUCUUCCUGCCGCCGGGAGGAAACUCAAACGUUGAGUCGCACAAACCCCCGGUGCUCAAGCGCAUAUCUGACCGGCGCAGACGGAUCGAGGCCGCACAGACGGAGCACAAGGACGACGAUCCCAACCACGAGAGCAGGCCGUUCCCUCGACUCUACCCGUCCAUACGACUGGCCAUGAGGGAAAUCCAGCAGAUCCAACAGCACUUCCAGCAGACCCAAGAACAGAUCCAAGUGCCCUCCGGCAAACCCUUGAACUCAUGGAAGAGGACGGAUGCAUGAAACUGUGGAGAACGAAACUACAGAUGUUCUUAAUGCUGCUAUCCAUUUUUUUUUUUUAGGUUUAUGUAAAUGUGAAAUGUUAAUGUAGUUACGGUGAAAACUACAGUGAUUUUAACUUAAUUCUUAAUGUUGGUUGUAAUUUUAUUCAAUGUAAAUUAUGCUGUUUUUAGGUGAUUGAAUAAAAGAUUGUUUCAUACAC